GGCAGUUCUCGGGGCUGCAGCGGAGCAGCGCCAUGGCUCCAGCGCUGCGGCUGGGGCUGCUCUUGGGGCUCCUGGGGCUCCUGGCGGACCCGGGGAGCACGACGAAAGUUCUCCACUCCUUGCAUUACCUGGAUGUGGCGGUGUCAGAGCCCAGCCCGGGGGUCCCCCAGUUCAUGUCCAUUGGGUUUGUGGAUGGGAUCCCCUUCACGCGCUACGACAGCGAGCGGGGCCGGGCGGAGCCGCUGACGCAGUGGAUAAAGGAUGGAGUCGAGCCGGGAUAUUGGGAUGGGCAGACCCAGAUCUGGGAGAGGAACCAGCACGUGGCUGCCAGGGACCUGGAGACAGCGCGGGAGCGGUACAACCAGAGCGGGGUUCUCCACUCCCUGCAUUACCUGGAUGUGGCGGUGUCAGAGCCCAGCCCGGGGGUCCCCCAGUACAUGGAAAUUGGGUUUGUGGAUGGGAUCCCCUUCACGCGCUACGACAGCGAGCGGGGCAGGGCGGAGCCGCUGACGCAGUGGAUAAAGGAUGGAGCCGAGCCGGGAUAUUGGGAUAGGCAGACCCAGAUUGGUGUGGAGAGCCAGCACGUGGAUGCCAGGAACCUGGAGACACUGCGGGAGCGGUACAACCAGAGCGGGGGUCUCCACACACGGCUGCAUGUUUAUGGCUGUGACCUCCUGUCUGACGGGACUGUCCAUGGAUCCUACAAGGAUGGCUACGACGGGCGGGAUUUCAUCUCCUUUGACCUGGGAUCCGGGGGAUUCGUGGCGGCCGACAGCGCUGCCGAGAUCACCAGGAGACGCUGGGAGCAGGAGGAGGAGGCUGAGAGGUGGACGAAUUACCUGAAGCACGUCUGCCCGGAAUGGCUCCGGAAAUACGUUGGAUACGGGCAGAAGGAGCUGGAGCGCAAAGAGCCCCCUGAUGUCCACGUGUCCGGAAAAGAGGAACAUGGGACGCUGAUCCUGUCCUGCCACGCGUACGGAUUCUACCCCAACACCAUUGCAGUCAGCUGGAUGAAGGAGAAUACAGGAAUGCUGGAGCCCGGGAUCUUCGCUUGGGAGCCGAAGUCUGGCAGCAUUCUCACCGUGGCGGUCGCUGUGUCCAUCAUCGCUGCCAUCCUUGCUGUCCUCAUUGCAGUCGGUGUCUGGAAGCUCCAAUCCGGGAAGAGGGACAGGAGUGGAUACAACGUGGCAGCCGGAAAGGAUGUGGGAAUUAAUGGCUCAGCUGCAGGAAUCACCGCCUGAGCGAUCCAUGGAGCUGCAUCCAGCCUCUUCCCUCUUCCCAGGAAAGCUGAGAGUUGCCAGCAGAGCUCAUCCCGCUGCUCCCACCCACCCCACAACUCUUGCUAACUGAUCAAUUUGCUGUUUUCUAUUUCGCAGUCUUUUAGAGGGAAGAACCACAAAUAUUCCCAGUGGUUCAGUUCUGGUAGAAAUUAUCCCGCUUUGGGCAAUAAAUCCAGUUUGGGGCAAUAAAUCCUGUUUGGGGCAAUAAAUCCUGCUUGGGGCAAUAAAUCCUGUUUGGGGCAAUAAAUCCUGCUUGGGACAAUAAAUCCAUGUUCCCUCC